GAGACAGUAGCGCAACUGCUUACACGACAUAUGCGCCUCGACCAAUCGCAUUCGAAGGGCAGUGGUUUAUCACCUUCUCAGCAUCGCAAUAUGUGUAUUGUGCUGGGAUGUCUGGCCGAGAAAUUAGCUGGGCCAAGCAGCGCAGAAAUCUGCUGUGACGCUACGUUGAAUUAUCUUAUCGAUAAUCUUAAACCCGCAUCAAACUGUCAAGUGAUUCUGUAUUCGUUGAUUGCGCUGGAGAAGCUUGCUCAAACAAUUGAGAAUAGGCUUACAAUAUGUGAACGACUUGAGCGAAUGAAACCGAACCCGUUGUUGGUAUGUUUUCAUUCUCUGGGGAAACUGAUCUUGAAAAAUUUCCAUUUUGAGGGCGUAGCGCCCAUGUCAUGA